AAUAAGAUGUUGUUUAAAUAUAUAUAAUAUUACAGUAUUAUAUCAUUAAAUAUGGAUUUUCAUGCUUGCAAUUGCAAAAAUGUAACAAUUACAGAAGGAAUAUUUGGAGAAAUUUGGAUUGAUGAUAAAGAUCAAAUUUUGUCUGAUGUUAUACCAAAAACGAUAAAAUCAUAUACUAUGGUGAAUACUAAUCGAAUGGAAAUUGUUGUUAUUACUUGGGGUGCUACAAUUGUAUCUUUAAAAUGUCCAGAUAAAUAUGGAUAUUCUGCUGAUAUUGUUCUUGGCUUUGAUAAUAUAAAAGGAUAUACAAAUCCUGUAACAAAUCCAUUUAUUGGUUGUAUAUUAGGCAGAUGUGCAAAUCGUAUUAAAAAUGGACAUAUUACUAUUAGAGGCAGAGAUUAUGAAUUAACAAAAAAUGAUUUUAAUGGAAAACAUCAUUUACAUGGAGGAACAAAUGGAUUUGGUCGUAAAAUUUGGGAUUCAUACAUUGCUGGAUGUUCAGUUGUUAUGAGCUAUUUAAGUCAAGAUGGUGAAGAAGGCUAUCCAGGUGCAGUGUUAACUACAAUAAGAUUUAAAUUGACUUCAGAUAAUAAGCUUGAUAUAUGUAUGAGAACAACAACUUCAAAACCAACAAUAGUGAAUUUAUCACAUGGAUCUAUGUUUAAUUUAGCUGGACAUGAUUCUGGAGAAGCUGAAUUGAGAAAACAUAAAGUACUACUGAAUUGUGAUCGAUGGACAUUUGCCGAUUACACAGAUCCAAUUCCAACAGGUGCUAUACGUGGUGUUGGUGGAACAGUAAUGGAUUUUCGAAUACCUAGAAUUUUAGGAGAAUAUAUGGAAAAGGUACCACCUGGAGAAGGUUACGAUCAUAAUUUGUGUGUUACAAAAAGUGGACAAUCUGGUAGCUCAUUUGUAGCCAAAGUAUGGCAUGUAAAAAGUGGACGUGCUUUAGAAAUUUAUUCAGAUCAACGUGGAGUACAAUUUUAUACUGGAGGUCGUUUACCACCUCAAAUUAGUUCAGAACUUUUACCUACAUAUGAAUUAUUAGAAGAUAUUGGAGAAAUUGAAGAAAAUGAUGAACUAUAUAAAAGUGAUUAUGAAGAUGAUGAAGAAGAAAUAAAAGUUGAAAAGCAAUAUAAAAAGAUAAUAACUGUGCCUAAAAAGAUAGAAUUUAUUUUGGGAAAACAUGGAGCUCAAUAUAAAAAAUAUAGUGCUUUCAGUAUCCAACCACAAAAUUAUCCUAGUGCAAUCCAUUAUUCACAUUUUCCGUGUUCUAUAUUAUAUCCUGGUCAAGUUUAUUAUCAUGAUUUGACAUAUAAAUUUGAAGUGCAUCUUGCAAAUUAUAUGUAAUAUAGUCAAAUCUUUAUAUUUGUAUUAAUUCUUAUUGUUUUAUAAAUUUUAUAUAAUUU